GCUUUUACUGCAGUAUAAACCUUCACCUCCUCUGCGCAUUUCUCAUUCCCCUUCUUCGUCCUGUUUCCCUGUGCAUUGUCAAGAUCAAAGGGACCUUUAAUAUUCUCAAACAUGUCAGACGAAAUUUAUGACGGUGCCAUCGGCAUCGACUUGGGUACCACCUAUUCUUGCGUUGCCAACUACGAGGGCAACAAUGUCGAAAUCAUCGCCAACGAGCAAGGCUCUUUCACCACUCCGUCGUUCGUCUCUUUCACCGAUGAAGAGCGCCUCAUUGGUGAAGCUGCGAAGAACCAGGCUGCAAUGAACCCUGCCAAUACCGUCUUCGAUGUCAAGCGACUGAUUGGACGACGAUUUGAUGACCCUAUUGUCAAGAAGGAUGUCGAAUCAUGGCCAUUCAAGGUCGUCGACCAGGGCGGCAACCCCAUGGUCCAGGUGGAAUACCUCAAGGAGACCAAGACCUUCUCACCCCAAGAAAUCUCGUCCAUGGUCCUGAUGAAGAUGAAGGAAGUUGCCGAGACAAAAUUGGGCAAAAAGGUGCAAAAGGCCGUCAUCACCGUGCCUGCCUACUUCAACGACAAUCAGAGACAAGCAACAAAAGACGCAGGUGCGAUCGCCGGUCUUAACGUCCUCCGUAUCAUCAACGAACCUACCGCUGCCGCCAUUGCUUACGGCCUCGGCUCGGGCAAGUCUGAGAAAGAGCGAAAUGUCCUGAUCUACGACUUGGGCGGUGGUACCUUCGAUGUGUCUCUCCUGAACAUCCAAGGUGGUGUCUUCACUGUCAAGGCUACCGCUGGUGAUACCCACUUGGGUGGUCAAGAUUUCGAUACCAACCUGCUCGAGCACUUCAAGAAGGAAUUCCAGAGGAAGACGAAGAAAGACCUCUCAGGUGAUGCUCGGGCUCUCCGAAGACUCCGGACCGCUUGCGAGCGUGCCAAGAGAACUCUGUCGAACGGUACCCAAACCACCAUUGAAAUCGACUCGCUCUUCGAUGGUGAGGACUUCAAUGCUCAGAUCACCCGUGCCCGUUUCGAGGACCUGAACGCCAAGGCUUUCAACGGUACCCUCGAGCCUGUGCAGCAGGUUCUCAAGGACGCCAACAUCGACAAAUCCAAGGUUGACGAGAUCGUGCUUGUUGGUGGCUCUACUCGUAUUCCUCGUAUCCAGAAACUCCUUAGCGACUUCUUUGAUGGCAAGAAGCUGGAGAAGAGCAUCAACCCUGAUGAGGCGGUCGCCUACGGUGCCGCUGUUCAAGCUGGUAUCCUUUCCGGCAAGGCUACCUCCGCCGAAACCGCCGACCUUCUUCUGCUUGAUGUUGUGCCGCUCUCCCUUGGUGUCGCCAUGGAAGGCAACAUAUUCGCUCCUGUCGUUCCCCGUGGAAAUACAGUCCCUUGCUUGAAGAAACGAACCUUCACUACCGUGGUGGACAACCAACAAACCGUGCAAUUCCCGGUGUAUCAAGGGGAAAGAAGCUCUUGUGCUGACAACACUUCCCUCGGGGAGUUCACUUUGAGUCCAUUGCCACCCAUGAGAGCCGGAGAAGCUGCUCUGGAGGUUGUCUUUGAAGUGGACGUCAAUGGUAUCCUCAAGGUUACCGCCACUGAAAAGUCUUCGGGCCGAAGUGCAAACAUCACCAUCUCCAAUGCUGUGGGCAAGCUAUCCACUACCGAGAUCGAGCAGAUGGUUGAAGACGCUGCCAAGUUCAAGACCAGUGACGAAGCUUUCACCAAGAAAUUCGAGGCUAAGCAACAACUCGAAUCCUACAUUGGCCGUGUCGAGGAGUUGAUCUCUGACCCCGGCUUGUCGAUGAAGAUGAAGCGUGGCAACAAGUCCAAGAUUGAAGAGGCACUUUCUGAUGCUAUGCAACAACUUGAGGUUGAGGACUCAAGCCCCGAGGACCUCAAGAAGAAGGAGUUGGCUUUGAAGAGAGCCAUGACCAAGGCUAUGGCUACGAGAUAAGCAGUGACACGCUAUCGCAAAACAUCCACACGGCCUCGAAUUGACCACAUUUGCGACUUCUUUCACGCUCACGAAAUAUGCAUUGCAUUUGCGAAUUGUGGUUGGCGUCGUUUCGGAUACUACGUCGAGGGUUACGUCGCGCCAUUGGUGGCUUGACUCUCACAAAAUGAUCCGGGGAAAAGUUGUCACUUCGUGUCAGAUAGAGAGCGGCAAUUUUCUACCCGAACAAUCCAGAAUGAUAUGAUGUUUCUUAAGUUGUACCAAAAUCUAUGACUGUCCGUCUGCAA